AUGGCUGGGCCUCAGAACACGAACCGCCAGUCCGACUCGUCCGGGUCCGGCAAUGAAACCUCUUCCAAGCCUCGCCAUCGAGCAUCAGUCGCCUGCGUGGCCUGUCGAGAGCGCCGGACACGAUGUGUAGUCCAGGCAGGGGAGACAUCCUGCACUCAGUGCCAGGAGAGUGGCCAGGAGUGUAUCAUCAAGAACGAUGACCAGAGGCGAAAACCGGUGUCCAAGGCGUACGUGAGCCAGCUCCAAGACCAGAUCCAACAACUCCAGGCCGCUUUACGUGAGAAGGAAGAGCAGUCUACAAUACGCCAGAACCAACCGGUCAACACUAAUCACGUCGAAACGACCGAGUCCGGAGAGAAUCGCCCCCAGCUAGAGCCCUCGCAGCCCUACUCCCUCCCUGUGCCAGCCGAUACACCGGAACCAGCGCUCCCUCAAUACAAAGACAGUCCAGCACGCAGUUCAGACAGUCCGCCCUACCGACCACUCACGCCCAUCAACUCCGGCCUCCGAAAGUCGUCGAUGGCCCACCGGCUGCUGUCCACUCGAGGGCACGUCAGCUUCGACCAGCUGGCGGGCCAGCAACGGUACUUUGGCCCGACCACAAACUGCCACAUCUACCUGGACAUCGCAUCCGAAAGUGAAGAAAGCCGGCGACAAGCCCGAGAGCAGUGGCGGCGGACGCAGCGCGUCCUGUCCGCCCUGUCGCACGAGUCGCAGGAAUACCUCAUGCGGCUGUUCUGGAAGCACUACAACUCGGUCAUCCGCGUCGUCCACCAAGAGGCCUUUGAGGCUGGACGAGAUGCUGGCGGAGGGCCUUUCUACUCGGGCUUUCUACAUAUAUGCAUCCUCGCCGCGGGAUAUCGCUUCGCAGAUAAACAGCGGCCAGACAUGAUGCGCAUCACCCUCCCUGGCAGGGAGUCGUUGCUGCAUCGCGAGGCCAAGUACAUGCUCGACUACGAGAUGGAGCGGCCUGGCGGUCUUCCCUCCAUUGCGGCUCUGUUGCUCCUCGGCGACCUCGAGGUCGGCUGCGGUCGCGACAACGCGGGCUGGCUGUACUCGGGCAUGGCCUACCGGUUAUGCUUCGACGUUGGCCUCCAUCUGGACAGGUCCGGGUCGGGCGUGUCCCAAAGCGACAUUGAGAUCGGGCGCAUGACGCUAUGGGCGUGUGUCAUUUUCGACCGGUACUGGGCACUCUUCCUCGGUCGGCCGACAGCACUCAAGCCAGACGAUCUGGAGAUCUACGAGCUCUCGCAGCAGUUCGACCGACUGGGCAGUUCACCCCCAGGCUCGGAGAAAACCCUCGAGCUGCAGAUCUACCAGGCCCUCUUCGAGCUCAUGGAGAUGGGCGGCAAGAUCACCGGCAUCACGCAUGUCUCCGGCCACGAUCCCAACCACGACCGCCAUAUGUAUCUGCGCAUGGCCGCCCUGGACAGCGAGCUGGAGCGCUGGUAUGCCCGUCUCCCAGAAGCCCUAAAGUACACCGCGGAGAACGCCACCACCGCGCCUCCUCCUUUCUUUCUUCUUCACCAACAGUUCUAUUCCACCAUGAUCAUGCUGCACCGUCCGUUUGCAGGAUACGACAACAUCCUCGACAGCCAGGGCGAGCGCAAAGUCAGCGAGGCAGGAGUCAAGCAUCUCUCAGCCCUCUCGCAUGCAACCUGCACAACCUGCGCCGGUCGCAUCGCCCAGAUCUUCUGGCAGCAGCGUCAGCGCUUCGAUACGCGAAAGAUCUUCGUCACUGGACUGCAGCACUCCGGCAACGCAGCCACGGCCCUGGUUGCGGCCAUCGCGUCGUCCACCGACCGGGUCGCCAACGAUCGGAGCAUGCGAUACCUGGAGUGUCUCGUCGCCGUCAUGGACGACAUGGCGGAGCCAUACCAACCCGCCGAGCAGAUGGCCACCAUAUUCAAGGCCGUGCUGCAGGAGCUCCGAGAGCUCCAUCCGUCGUUGCAGUCGUCGAAUGUCGUGCCGGCCCGCAGAGGCAGUUCCGCAGACGUUGAUGGCCAAAGCAAUAUACCGCCGAAAAGAAUCCCACCACCCAGAUCCCAGACAAAAACACAAUCGAUGCACUCCACUUCAUGGCCGGGUGAUGAGCAGUUCCCGCAGAUGGCGACCAUCCUGCCCUCUCCACCGCUGACCUUCCAGUCCACAGAGAAGCCGGCACGUCGGGAUACUGGAACAGAAAAUAUCUUUGCCGACAACAGCGUCCCGAGCAUCGACGACUCCUGGUCCAUCUUCAGUGCACCGGAUCGCUUCGCCAUCAACAACGUCAUGGCCGGUGCUGGAUCACCGUCUGCCUUUGUUUCGCCUUGGCCAACCGCAGAGACGCCCUCGUUAUUUCGAUUAGCGAAUGAUGCUACGGUAGAAACGAAUAAUAUGAAUAGCGACUUUAUGCAUCUAAUGGAGAAUGCCCAGGGUCCUGGUGAGAACUCCAUGGCCAUGUCUACUGCCGGGAUCGAGGGCUCUGGGGGAUCCAGCCAGACCGAGCGACCAACAAGCUUUACUUCUCCAGAUACAAGGGUACGAGGACAGCCUCCAAAAUGGAAGAGGCCCAGCAGUCGGUCGGAUAGUAUAUGGACGGAGAUCAUCAGCUAG